UGAUUAGAAACUCCGAUUCCCAUUGAAGACACGAUUUUACAAUUAUUCAUUUUACAAGGAAGAAAAAAACUGCUAGUGAUUUCAGUACUAGUUUGGCAGUGGCAGUGGACGUAGAUACCUAAAAAAUUACGCAAGGUGCUGCACUGAGGUAGAAACACAAAACGCCAAUAUGGGGAGCAUGUUUCGCAGUGAAAAGAUGACGUUGUGUCAAAUCUUUCUGGCACCAGAAGCGGCUUACAAUAAUAUGGCAGAUUUGGGUGAACUUGGCUGUGUGCAAUUCCGUGAUCUGAAUCAUGAAGUCACCAAUUUUCAACGCAAGUUCGUGACUGAGGUGCGACGGUGCGAUGAAAUGGAACGUCAGAUACGUUAUAUAACCAGGGAAUUGGAGGAGGAUGGUAUCAAGCUGAAGGAUGUGUACGACGAUAUACCUGGUGCGCCAAAUCCACGUGAAGUAUUCGAAUUGGAGGCUCAUUUGGAGAAGGCCGAAUGUGAAAUACGCGAAAUGGCCGAGAAUAGUGUUAAUCUGAAAUCCAAUUUGCUGGAACUCACUGAACUAAGCAAGGUACUGGAAAAGACGCAAGUAUUUUUCACCGAGCAAACGGUCAUCAAUAUGGAAGAGCAUGCGAACAGCGGUACAUUUGCCGGUGAGCAUCGCGGCCAUUUGGGUUUCAUCGCUGGCGUGCUGAGUCGUCAUCGUCUGUUUGCAUUCGAACGUAUGCUUUGGCGUAUAUCACGUGGUAAUAUGUUGGUCAAAUAUGCCGACAUCGAUGAGCCACUUCCAGAUCCACGUACUGGUACUAUGACUUAUAAGUCCGCCUUUGUGGUAUUCUAUCAGGGUGAGCAAUUGAAUGCGCGCAUAAAGAAAGUAUGCACCGGUUUCCAUGCCGCGCUAUAUCCUUGUCCGAAUGUGCACGAAGAACGAGAGGAUAUGCUGAAGGGUGUACAAACGCGUUUGGAAGAUUUGAAGUUGGUGAUGAAACGUACCGAGGACCAGCGUAAUAUAAUAUUGGCGGGUAUAGCGAAACAUUUGCCCUAUUGGUCCAUUAAAAUUACCAAAAUGAAGGCCAUCUAUCAUACGUUGAACUACUUUAAUAUCGAUGUGACUAGCAAGAGUUUGAUUGGUGAGUGUUGGGUGCCCACUUUGGAUCUGGAAUUGGUACAACAAACGAUCGCAAAUGGUUCGGCGACAACGGGCAGCACAAGCUCAUUUUUAACGGUAAUGCAAACAAAGAAAACCCCACCCACAUAUUAUCGCACCAAUAAAUUUACGCGUGGCUUCCAAACACUAAUCAAUGCUUACGGCAUGGCCAGUUAUCGUGAGGUGAAUCCAGCGCUUUACACUUGCAUCACAUUCCCUUUCCUUUUCGCAGUGAUGUUUGGUGAUUUGGGUCACGGUUUCAUUAUGUUCUUGAUCGGUUUCUGGAUGGUGAUGGAUGAAAACCGGUUGAUGCGUAUGAAGGGCGGUGAAAUUUGGCGUAUCAUGUUCGGUGGUCGUUAUAUAAUUAUGCUACUCGGUCUCUUCUCCAUGUACACCGGUUUCACUUACAAUGACACCUUCUCGAAGUCCUUCAAUGUAUUUGGUUCCAAGUGGCGUAUAAAUUAUAAUACCACCACUGCAUUAUCCAAUGACAACUUGAUACUCAAUCCGACAACAGACACUGUGGGCACAUAUCCUUGGGGUAUGGAUCCCAUCUGGCAGUUGGCGGCCAAUAAGAUUAUCUUCUACAAUUCCUACAAGAUGAAACUGUCCAUCAUUUUCGGUGUCUUACACAUGGUUUUCGGUGUUUGUCUAUCGGUAGAGAAUAUGGUUUAUUUCAAGAAGUAUGCAUACAUACUCUUAGAGUUCGUGCCACAGGUACUCUUCCUGAUUCUUCUGUUCGGUUACAUGGCAUUUAUGAUGUUCUACAAAUGGGUACAAUAUUCACCCACAACCGAUUAUGAGCCACAUCAGCCGGCCUGUGCGCCUUCAGUUUUGAUCUAUUUCAUUAAUAUGAUUCUAUUCAAAGCAUCACCGAAACCGGCUGGUUGUGACAUGUACAUGUUUGGCUGUCAGGUGAUGGUGGAGCGUGUCUUCUGGAUAGUCGCUUUAUUCUGCAUACCAUGGAUGUUGAUUGGCAAACCAUUGUACAUACAAUGCAAACGUUUAUUUGAGGUCAAGCAGGAGCCCUUGGAAAUUAUAGAAAAGUUAGAAAUACAAGAGGGCGAUGUUGUUAUUGAAGCCACUCUAACGGACCCCGUACCACAUGCGCAUCACGAGGAGGAAGACGAAGAGGAGGAUGAGCCGAUGAGUGAGAUAUGGAUCCAUCAGGCCAUUCACACAAUUGAGUAUGUGUUGAGUACCAUUUCACAUACCGCGUCGUAUCUGCGUUUGUGGGCCCUAUCCUUGGCGCAUGCGGAAUUGUCGUAUGUGCUGUGGCUUAUGGUUAUGCAGAAAGGUCUACAUUUUGGUGGUUAUGCUGGCGCAAUCGGUUUAUACUUCAUUUUCUGGGCUUGGGCAUUACUGACCAUAGCCAUUAUGAUAUUCAUGGAGGGUCUUUCCGCUUUUCUACACACGCUGCGUUUGCAUUGGGUCGAGUUCAUGUCUAAAUUCUACUCCGGCACUGGUCAUGCUUUCGAGCCAUUCAGCUUUAAGGCCAUUAUGGAAGCCACUGAUGAGGACUAAUUCUUUUCUUUCGGCAUAACACCAAUAUAUAUUGUUCAAAAUUAUUAUAUUAUUAUUGUAUUACGAUUAUAAAUCAAUAUUAUUAUGAGCGAUAUGCGUUAAAAAAAUUAAAUAAUAAUAGAUUUCAGAACAUCAUA